AGCCUUUUCAUCGAGUCGGGUUGACUUGUGCAAGGGUAGAGUGUUGCAUUUUCGGACCUUUUGCAUCAUAGUAUUAGUUGUACAACAUCUUGCCGGUGCCCAACCCUAGAACCUCUCAGCUUCCCACACAGUGACACAGUUGCGAUUUUUGAGCAGUAGAUAGAUGGCAGAAGACGCUGUUUUGGGAUAUUUGGAGAAGAAUGAAGAAAUUUCAGAUUCUGGAAGUUUCGCUGCUCAAUUUAAUAUCGAUCACGAAGAUAUUGUGAAUGUUACCAAAAGUCUUAAUGCCUAUGGACUUGUUGUUGCUCAGGAUAUUAAGAGGGAAAGUUGGGUUCUCACUGAUGAAGGAAAACUUUAUGCUGCUGCAGGAUCUCCUGAAAUGCAAUUAUUCUUAGCUAUACCACCCGAGGGUAUCUCACCUGAUGAACUUCAGAAAAAGGUGGAUCCUUCUACUUAUAAGAUUGGGUUCUCACAGGCUAUGAAGAAUAAGUGGGUGGAGAGAGGAAAACAAUUAGUAUCUAGAAAGGUUGAACAUGUCGAUGACAAGAUCAAGGAGCUGCUUGUACGGAUACAAGCUGGGGAGAUAGUUGAGCAUGAGGACAUUGAUGCUCUCAAACGGAGAAAACUUAUUACCUUGCAGACGUGGAAGGGAUACUUAAUUAGAAAAGGUGCAAAUUAUGCCCCGAAAAGAAAAAAAGCUGCAACUGAUCUGACUCGAGAGCAUUUGCAAAGCGGCGCAUGGAAGGAUCUGGAACUCAAAGAAUACAACUUUAAUGCUAAAGGUCUUCCACCUGAAGGUGGUCAUUUGCAUCCAUUACUCAAGGUACGAAAGCAAUUGAAAGAUAUUUUUCUCCAGAUGGGCUUUGAGGAAAUGCCUACAAACAAUUUUGUCGAGAGCAGCUUUUGGAACUUUGAUGCGUUGUUCCAGCCACAACAACACCCAGCUCGUGAUUCGCAUGACACUUUCUUUCUCAAAGCUCCUUCCACUACAAAUUGGCUGCCUGAAGAUUAUGUUGAGAGGGUAAAGCGCGUUCAUGAAUCUGGUGGUUACGAGUCCAGAGGUUAUGGAUAUGACUGGAAAAGAGAGGAAGCAAACAAAAAUCUUUUGCGAACACAUACAACGGCUGUUUCUUCAAGAAUGCUAUAUGCACUAGCAAAGAAACCAUUCGCCCCCAAGAAAUACUUUUCAAUAGAUCGUGUAUUCAGAAAUGAAGCAGUUGAUAGGACACAUUUGGCUGAAUUCCAUCAGAUAGAAGGGCUUAUAUGUGAUCGAGGGCUCACCUUAGGAGAUCUUAUCGGCGUACUGCACGACUUCUUCUCUCGUCUAGGAAUGACGAAACUUCGUUUCAAACCUGCUUACAACCCUUACACUGAACCUAGCAUGGAGAUAUUCAGUUAUCAUGAAGGCUUCGGGAAGUGGGUGGAGAUAGGGAAUUCUGGCAUGUUCAGACCCGAGAUGUUGCUUCCUAUGGGACUUCCCGAUGAUGUUCGUGUAGUUGCAUGGGGUUUGUCCCUUGAGAGGCCUACGAUGAUCUUGUAUGGAAUAGAUAACAUAAGGGAUCUGUUCGGGCAUAAGGUUGAUCUGGGACUCAUGAAGAAAAAUCCUAUCUGUAGAAUUGGGCUUGAAUAGGUUUCAAUUUUGAUCCCAGUUACAAAUUCUGAAAAAUACUUUAUUUGAUUGUUUAUUAGUCCAAUUUUUAGCAAGAGAACUUUGAUUUUGUGACAUUGUUCUCCUUUGGUUGGGUUAUAUUGACAGUUUCUGAUCUUCUGGGUUUGUUA